AUGAGGGUCGCACUUCUUGGCGCAACCGGAGAGACCGGGACAUCCAUCUUGAACGGCCUGCUCGCCUCAACGGAUCCAAAAUAUGAGAUCACAGCCCUCAUCCGGCCGAGCUCGCUCCAGAAGCCCGAAAUCCACGACUUGGAGAAGAGGGGCGUCAGGAUCGCCUCGGUCGACCUCGGCGGCCCUGAAGACGAGAUCACGAAACAGCUCACAGGGCACGAAGUAGUCAUCUCGGCCAUUGUCGCGGAAGGCAUCAUGGACCAGAUCCCCCUCGCCAAUGCCGCCAAGACGGCCGGCGUCCCACGGUUCGUGCCGUGUUUCUUCGGCACGGUGAUGCCGGCCCGAGGGAUGCUAUGGCUCAGGGACAAAGUACGACCCGGGCGGCAACCCACCCCCCCGCCCCCCCCACUGUCCGCUCUUUUGAACCCCGACCCAGGCUUACUGACGUGUGUGACGCAGAAAGAGGAUGUGCUGAACCAUGUCCAAACCUUGUAUCUGCCCUACACCGUCAUCGACGUCGGCUGGUGGUACCAGAUCAGCCUGCCGCGCCUCCCCUCGGGCAAGAUCAACGCGGUCGCGAGUCCCUUUCCGGAUUGGAUCGCGGGCGACGGGACUGUGCUGUCCGGUAUGACCGACCUACGGGAUAUUGGAAAGUACGUCGCGCGGAUCAUCGCGGAUCCUCGCACCCUAAACCAAAAGGUCUUCGCGUACACCGAGCUGCUGUCCCAGAACGACGUCUACGGCCUCGUCGAGAGGUUGAGCGGGGAGAGGGUCGAGAGAGAAUACGUGAGUCCCAGACAGCCCACGUCGCGAAUGAGCUUUUGGCAAUCGGGGCGACCCCGGUGGUCGGCAGAGGACAUGGAGUCUCGGCUGGACGAGGCCAAAAACGACGAGGCCAACAUCCACAAGCUCUCGGUGUUGCAGUAUCGCAAGUCGUGGGGUCUCCGCGGCGACAACACGCCCGAGUACGCCCGCUACCUGGGUUAUCAGAUCGGCAAAGACUUGUAUCCCGACCUGGUGGGAAAUUCGUUUGAGGACUUUUGCAAGGAGGCGUUGGAGUGUAAGGUGAAGCCCAUUUAUGAGAAGAAAAGGCAGGAGGCCAUCGCGGCUGCUGCGGCUGCUAAUGCAAAGGACAAGGUUGCGGAGAACUAA